AUGACCACAAGGGCUACCGGUAUUCCACUAGUAAGCCCUCAAUCAAAUCCGGGAAAGACGAAGAGAAGAGGAAGGAAACCAUCUAAAACCGUUAACCCUUUAUCUAGCAAAAUAGAUACCUUAAACUUAAACGUUGAAGCUGAAACUUCCACACCACCGGAAAAUAGACCUCAAACUCCACCAAAGACUUCACCGAAGAAUUCACCAAACUCAACACCAAACUCCACUCCACCCUCUACACCUCCUACUACACCAAGAAACAUGGCCGAAGACAUGGUUCACUCUUUUGAUAGGACUAUUGGGAAGAGUACUCGAGUCAUUGCACCUAAUAGGGGCUCGGCUAUUCGUCCUCCAACCACCGCUCCAAAUUUCAAUGUCAAAGGUAAUCACUUGUCUCGGGUUGAAGAGAAUCAAUUCGAUGGGGUUGUUAAGUGGGAUCCGUAUGAUCAUGUGGAGAAGUUUGAAAAAGUUUGUCGAUUGUUCAAGUAUGGGGAGACUCAAAUGCCACUUGUUAAGCUCGAAUUGUUUCCGUUGUCUCUCACGGGAGAGGCGGCGAAUUGGUAUAAGAAUCUCGAUGACAACAUAUUUGAGACAUGGGAAGAGUUGAGAGAAGGAUUCAUUGAGCGGUUCUUUCCGGCUCAAUUGGUUGAAACAAUGAAGUUGGAGAUUAGGGCUUUUAAGCAAAUUAGUGGUGAGGAUUUGGUUGAUGCUUGGAAGAGAUUGAAGGAGUUGAUGAGAAAUUGUCCGGGGCAUGGUAUUCGAUUGAAUGAGCACAUUCUUAUUUUCUUCCGGGGUUUAGAUAGCCGUACUCAAAGGGAAUUGGAUUGGGCUUGUGGAGGUAACAUUAACAAUGUCACUUACAAUGAAGCCUAUAAGAUUAUGGAAGAUAUGGUUCGUACUAGUGUAAUUCGAGAAGCGGGUAGGACUAAACCGGAUCUUGUGAAAACGGGAAGGAGAAGUGUGGCUCGAGUUGAUAGUGGUAGUGAAGUUGUGGAUAAAAUUAAGGCAUUGGCAAGUCACAUGGAUAAGCAAUUUGCAAGCAUGGAUGGUAGAUUUGGGUUGAUUGAGAAAGAUUUGAAGACGGCGGUUGCGGGUUGUGAUAUUUGUGGUGGUAAACAUUACACGGAGGAUUGUGAUAAGACACCAUGGAAUGAAGAAGUUGAUUAUGUUCAAAAUCAAUAUCAACCACCGUUUGCAAAUCAAGGAUUAUUUCAAAGGAAUGGAGCUUAUCAAAACCGGUACCAAGGUAAUUCUAAUUCUAACUUUAAUUCUAAUGGUGCAAGAAAUUAUAGGUCUACAUUGGGAGCUUCAUGGCAAGGAAGAAAUCAAGGAGGUCCUUCGGUUCAACCGGUAGAGGUUGUUGAUCCUAAUGUCGAGCUUAGGGAUCUUAUGAAGAAGUUCAUGGUUGAUCAAGACAAGAAGAAUGAAAACUACCGAACCGACAUCAUCGCUUUGAAUGAUAAGUUGAAUCAAAAUAUCAAAAGUCAACAAGCGGUGAUCAAGGAUUUAGGAGUAAGGCUUGAUAGAAUGGGUAAUUCUAAUCGUCAACAAGGUUCAUUGCCAAGUAAUACCCAACAAAAUCCUAAGCCUUCCGGUUCGAAUGAUGGAGCUAUACCAACGAUUGAUGAGCCUCAAGUCAAGCCAUACAAGCUGAAGAUUCCUUUCCCUCAAAGAUUGAGGAAGGAGAAGCUCAAGGAGCAAUACCGGAUGCCGAAUUAUGCUAAGUUCAUCAAGGAUCUUGUAACGGAUAAGAGGAAGCUAGAGGAAGCUAAAGCUACUUUCCUCAAUGCGGAGUGUUCGACGAUUGUGCAAAAUCAAAUUCCUCCCAAGCUUGAAGAUCCAGGGAGUUUUCUCAUUACUUGUUCUCUAGAUGAUAAGCUUAAUUGUGAUGCUUUGGCCGACAUUGGUGCAAGCAUUAAUUUGAUGCCUUUUUCGGUUUAUAGGAGAUUGUCUUUAGCGGCUCUUAAGCCAACUCGGAUGAGCAUUAGGCUCGCCGAUCAUUCUUUCUAA